AUGGACGGGCCACCGAAACCACCUGGCCGCCUGGACUACUAUGAACUGCUCGGCGUGCAUGAGAGUGCGUCUUCUGCUGAAGUAGAUGCAGUAUACAAAAGGCUGCGACUCAUUCACCAUCCGGAUAGCAAGUUCGCCGACGCGAAACCCAGCACGGAACUGUUCCAGAACAUUGGUAUUGCGUGGAAGGCGCUGAAGAGCAGCAAGGAAAGGGCCAGAUACGACAAAGAUCACCACAAGAUACGGGGCGCUUGGAAUGUCUAUCGCGUGCGAUUGGGGGCUUGGGAAGCCACUGAACGAGAAAAUAAACGCGGCCAGGCAAGAGUUCAAGAGAGACAGCGAAAGAUACUCGAAGAGGAGGCCGAGCUUGAAAGGGAGAAGGCGAGGAAAAUCCAGGAGAAAGCUGUUGAGGCGGCAUUACUACGUUCAGAACGUAUCAAAGCAGACAAAUUACGGCGUGAGGAACAAAGAAAACAAGAGGAGGAAGUCAAGCGGCGAGAGGAGGGAGUACGGCGCGUACAAGAGCAACUACAAGAGGAACGAAGACGACAAGGACUGGCGCGAGCUAAGGAAGAGGCGCGAGUUAAAGCUGACUGGGAAAAAGCUCAGAAACGAAGGGACUCCGCUAAGGACCAUGGUGAACCACAGGAUGAAUUACCCCGACCAAGCGAAAUCGACGACGAGCAAUCCCCAGAACCGAACCAGGAAGGAAGUCAAAAACAUGAACGGCUUGCCAGAAAGCAACGCGAAGCCGACGAGAGGCAGGCCAAGGUUUUUGCUGACGCUCAGAAGCGAAAUGCUGAGGCUGCUGAAGAGCGACUUCGUCGUCAACAAGAGCUCUCUAUGUCGCUGAAGCGGCCAGUCCCCGGUGAUAGGGAGGAUGCGCAAGACGAAACGGCCCCUAAAAAGCCUAAACUCGAGGAGUCCAUGACAUCAGGCCUCCGAAAGCACAUGGCCCGUGAGCAAGCCCGGCGAAUUCACGCUCAGAGACUCCAAGAAGUAGGUGGUCCUGGGAACGAAGAGCGACUCAGAGAUGAGAGUAUCGACCUUGGAUGGAAGCACGUCGAGUAUCAAAACGAGCCUUGUCCACAAUGUCAUACAAAGAGAAGUGCGGCCCAAUUCGGCUUAUGGGAGUGCCCAGACGGAGGGGCGUUGCGCUGUCGGCCAUGUUUAGCUGCAUUGAGUGUAUUUUGUGCGUGA